CCCUUUAAGUUGGCGCCGUUUGCCCGUAGCUCGUUAUCUUCGGCGUGUUCCCCGGCGCGGCGCCCCCCGGCAGCAUGGGGCUGCCGGCGCUGGAGUUCAGCGAGUGCUGCCUGGACAGCCCGCAGUUCCGCGAGCGGCUGCGCUCGCACGAGGCCGAGCUCGACAAGACCAACAAGUUCAUCAAGGAGCUCAUCAAGGACGGCAAGGCGCUCGUGGCCGCCCUCAAGAACCUGUCUGCAGCCAAGCGGAAGUUUGCGGAUUCCCUCAAUGAAUUCAAGUUCCGCUGCAUAGGGGACGCGGAGACGGACGACGAGAUCUGCAUAGCCAAAUCGCUCCAGGAGUUUGCCACGGUGCUCCGAAACCUGGAAGACGAGCGGAUGCGCAUGAUCGAGAACGCCAGCGAGGUGCUCAUCACGCCGCUGGAGAAGUUCCGCAAGGAGCAGAUCGGUGCUGCUAAGGAUGCCAAAAAGAAAUACGACAAGGAGACUGAGAAGUAUUGUGGUGUCCUGGAAAAGCAUUUAAACUUGUCUUCGAAGAAGAAAGAGUCCCAGCUCCAGGAGGCAGACAGCCAGGUCGACCUGGUUCGGCAGCAUUUUUACGAAGUCUCCCUCGAGUACGUCUUCAAGGUGCAAGAAGUGCAGGAGAGGAAGAUGUUUGAGUUCGUGGAGCCUCUGCUGGCCUUUCUGCAGGGGCUCUUCACCUUCUACCACCACGGCUACGAGCUCGCCAAGGACUUCAGCGAUUUCAAGACGGAGCUGACCAUCAGCAUCCAGAACACCAGAAAUCGUUUCGAGGGAACAAGGUCGGAGGUUGAAUCAUUGAUGAAGAAGAUGAAGGAGAAUCCCCACGAGCACAAGAACAUCAGCCCGUACACCAUGGAGGGUUACCUCUACGUGCAGGAGAAACGUCACUUUGGGACCUCCUGGGUGAAGCACUACUGCACGUACCAGAGGGAAUCGAAGAGGAUAACGAUGGUACCGUUUGACCAGAAAUCUGGAGGAAAAGGGGGAGAAGACGAAGCCGUGACCCUCAAAUCCUGCACGCGACGGAAAACCGACUCGAUUGAGAAGAGAUUUUGCUUUGACGUGGAGGCAGUUGACCGGCCGGGUGUGAUCACGAUGCAGGCGCUCUCCGAGGAGGACCGGCGCCUUUGGAUGGAGGCGAUGGACGGCCGGGAGCCGGUCUACAACUCGAACAAGGACAACCAAAGUGAAGGCACRGCCCAGCUGGAUAACAUCGGCUUCAGCAUCAUCAGGAAAUGCAUCCACGCUGUGGAAACCAGAGGGAUCAAUGAGCAGGGACUCUACCGGAUCGUCGGAGUGAACUCUCGGGUGCAGAAGCUGUUGAGCAUCCUCAUGGAUCCCAAGGCAGCCACCGAAAUGGAGACGGAGAUCUGUGCGGAAUGGGAAAUAAAGACCAUAACCAGUGCACUGAAAACCUACCUGAGGAUGCUCCCAGGGCCGCUCAUGAUGUACCAGUUUCAAAGGAGCUUCAUCAAAGCAGCGAAACUGGAGAACCAGGAGUCCAGGGUGUCCGAGAUCCACAGCCUGGUGCAUCGGCUCCCCGAGAAGAACAGGCAGAUGCUGCACUUGCUCAUGAACCACUUGGCAAAGGUGGCGAGCAACCACAAGCAGAACCUGAUGACGGUGGCGAACCUCGGCGUGGUGUUCGGGCCGACGCUGCUCCGGCCUCAGGAGGAGACGGUCGCGGCCAUCAUGGACAUCAAGUUUCAGAACAUUGUCAUCGAAAUCUUGAUAGAAAACCACGAGAAGAUAUUUAACACGGUGCCCGAGACGCCGCUGUCGAACUCGCAGCUGCUGCUGUCGCGCAAGAAGAGCGCGGAGUCGAAGCCGCCCUCGUGCAGCGAGCGGCCCCUCACGCUCUUCCACACGGCGCAGCCCGGCGAGAAGCAGGAGAACAGGAACAGCAUCAUCAACUCCAGCCUGGAGUCCGUCAGCUCCUCGAACGUAAACAGCUUCCUCAACGCCAACAGCGCGCCGCAGCCCAGCCUCAACUCCAGUGAUCUUGAACUAGAAGUAAUUAAACCCAACAGGCCCAAUUCACUCCCUCAGAGUCCAAGCCCAACGUCACCCCUCUCACCGUCCUGGCCCAUGUUCUCCGCACCAUCCAGCCCUAUGCCCACCUCCUCUACGUCCAGCGACUCAUCCCCCAUCAGCUCCCCGCUGCGCCAGGCGCGCGCCCUCUACGCCUGCAAGGCCGAACACGACUCGGAGCUCUCCUUCACGGCCGGCACCGUGUUCGACAACGUGCACCCGUCGCAGGAGCCCGGCUGGCUGGAGGGGACGCUGGGCGGCCGCACGGGCCUCAUCCCCGAGAACUACGUGGAGUUCCUAUGACUGCGGGCGUAGGAGCCAGGGCC